AUGGCGAAAGGAAAGAAAAAAUCAAAGAAAAAAGAUGCUGCAUUAAUUGAAUUAAAUGUGCAAUUAUUGAAGCGCCUCUUAAGAUUAUAUGAACAAUACUGCACUGAACAGAGCAGUAUUCCGAGUGUUGAAGUAACGAAAACAAUACGAGCAUUAUUUGAAGAAGGCGAUAGUUUAUCCAAAGUAUUUCUUCGACCGAAUCCGACGAAAAUAGUGAAACCCGCCGAAGGAGCAGAUCAAAUUGGAUUGACAACAGAACCACCUCCAAUUAUACAAACUUAUGUUCGACCAUUUCUACGUGCAUUAUUAACUUGUCGACUGAGUGCACUAAAAGAAUUCUCAGUAUGGAAUAUUUGUAUGGAUUUACUCGAUUGCAUUGAACUUGGCAACUAUAUAAAACUGGAAACAACUGUUCUUCAAACUGUUUCACUUUAUGAUUGUCUUCUUCAACCAGAUCCACUAUACAGACUUUCAGCAUCAUUUAAUAUAUGUCGGACACUUCGCAUAGUAAAUCUUGAUUUCAAUGAAUUCGGUGAUGAAGGAUGUUUAUUGUUAUGCAAUAAUUUGGUUGGUAAUCAAUGUAUCACGCGACUUUCUCUAACAUAUUGUGACCUUGGUCCUGUCUGUGGAGCUCCACUAGGUCGACUUCUAGUACAAACUGCUUUAGCUGAAAUAUAUCUUGAUGGUAAUCAUUUUGGAUGCGAAGGUGCUUACGAUUUAAUAAAAUUAUUAUUAAUCGAUUGUGAAAAAUAUAAUAUUGACAAAGAAGAAAAAUUACGAGCUGAUAUGGAAUCAAAAAUACAAGAAGCUGCACUUCGAGUACAACAAGGUUUACCAGCGGAAUUAACAGACGCUGAAAAAAAAGAAAGGAAAAAACGAAAAAAGAAAAAGAAGAAGAAAUUAUCGCUUGAUGACAUGCCACCGUGUGGUCCAUUUGUAACGAAAAUUCAUUUGUUUGACAAUGAAAUUGACUGUUUACAACCUGAUGGUUUUGCUGUUGUUCAAAAAACAGUCGAUGCUUUUGCUCGAUUAAUUGAAAUCUCUGAAGAAUUGGAAGAACUUGAUCUCGAUGAGAAUGUUAUUGGACAUGUUUGCGGAGGAAUUAUAUUAGAUGCAUUAAAAUGUCGAAAAGAAAGAAAAUCGAAAAAGAUUAAGAUAAAUGUCAGUGAAAAAAUUGAUCAAUUUGUUUUUGCUGACAUAUUAAAACUCAGUGCGAAGAUGAAGAAAAAACGAAAACGCGGAAAAAAGAAGAAAUAA